UUGCUAGCGCCAUUCCUCCCGCCUUCCUCCUCCGACGCCGUCAGUCCACAAAGCAAUCGCCUCCACGCCGUCGUCUCUUUCUCCGUCUCAGGUAAACGCUUCUCCCCGAACGGCGGAACAUCCGUUUAUCCCAAGCGGCGGAAGGUCGAACAGGAUAAAAUGGCGUCGACCAAUAUAAGGGACCUGCUGACUGCGUUCAGUCCUUCGUUGGAUUACUUCGCAAUCAGCUCCGGCGACGGCCGAGUGAAGAUUUGGGACACGCUGAAGGGCCAGGUGCAAACGGAGUUUGCAGACAUAGCGUCCACUGAUGUGAGUCUGCUGGCCAAGGCGGAGAGAGGGCACCUCUCGGUCGAUUAUACGUGCAUGAAAUGGCUCUCCCUGGACAGAAAGAAGAAAAGGAAGAUAGGGAGUUCUUUGUUAGUGUUAGGAACUGGUAGUGGGGAUGUCCUGGCCCUUGAUGUUGCUGCUGGUCAGCCCAAGUGGAUAGUUAGUGAUUGCCAUCCCGGGGGUGCAACUUCGGUCUCAUUUUCUACUAGUGAAUCAAGCAUUUACACUGCAGGCGCUGAUGGAAUGAUUUGCAAGAUCGAUCCACAAACUGGAAAUGUGUUGGGAAAGUUCAAAGCUUCAAGCAAAGCAAUAUCCUCUAUGUGUGUUUCUCCAGAUGGCAAGAUAUUGGCCACUGCUGCUUCACAGUUGAAAACUUUCAAUUGCUCUGAUCACAGAAAAAUACAGAAAUUUUCUGGUCAUCCAGGAGCUGUGCGGUGUAUGAUUUUUACUGAUGAUGGAAAAUACAUUCUCUCUGCAAGUGGUGAAAGAUAUGUUGCACUUUGGAGAACUGGCAGUGGCAAAAAACAGUCAGCCUGUGUUUUUGCAAUGGAGCAUCCUGCAGUUUACCUUCAUGCCAAGUGUUUUGAGAAAGGUGAAGCAGAUGACAAUGAGGGUCUCUAUGUUCUGGCCAUCUCAGAGACCGGUGUUUGUUACACAUGGUGUGGGCAGAGUGUUGAGGAACUACGGACGGCCAAGCCCACAAAGGUCUCACUAUCUUAUGAUGAUAAAAAGCACAGGGGUGCACUGCCUGCAAUGUUUGCAGCACAAUUACAAGUCAUCCCCAAACCUACAUCUGCAAAUGUGUAUCUUGCCUAUGGUCUGUUGGUGAAGCCUUCAUUUCAGAAAGUAUUAGUCGAAGCUGGGAAUGAUGUCGAGUUAAGUAGUUUUCAGGAUGGAGUUCUCUUUCCUACUAGGCAGUCCAUUAGAUCUAAGAAAGGGAUGGAUCGAGUUACUGCUUUGGACCGUGCUAAUGUGGAGGAUUCCCUUCUUCCAGUGGCAAAAGUAUCUGAUCUUCAUGUUGCUUUGGAUAGCCGAAGCCAAGUUGAGUCUUUAGAGUUUAAAGAUGACAUGGUAGAUGUUGAGACUCCAACAACUAGCAUGGAGACACGAUUGAGACAAUUGAGAAUACUACCAAGCGAUGGUGACAUCGUCAAACCUGUGAUGGAUUCUUUAACUUCUAUGGGAAUCCAGCUCGAAGAUCACUUCCCCCAAAAGAAGAUCAGGGCUUCCGUUUUGUCUAUGGAACCAAGCAAUGCAUACAAGUUACUCGAGACCUUGGUGUCCAUAUGGAAGUUGAGAUCACAUAGUGGAAAGUCGGUGCUAGCAUGGAUGUCCUGGAUAUUGGUCGUUCAUGGUCAAUACAUUGUGGCCCAAGAAAAAUCUGAAGAAACCCAAUUUUUAAGCUCCUUGCUGAAGAUUACCAAAUCUAGUGAGGCUGCUGUACAACCUUUAUUGCAGUUAUCAGGUCGUUUGCAGCUUGUGACAGCACAGUUUGACAAGGACUCCCUGAAGAGUAACCAUACUGCAUUGCCGGACGACCAAGUGGAAGAUGAAGAUGAUGACGAGGAUGAGGAUGUUGAUGAGCGUAUAUAUGGUCAGGAAGACGAUGAAUCUGAUUUAAGCAGUGAUGAUGAUAAGUAGGACUUUAGAAACCCAUUGGCUGACAGUUCAUCAAGCAAUGGAUCAAUGAUGGUAGUGAUCUGGCAUUCCAUAUAUCUCCGCCCUAGUCGAUUCGGGUCAAUGUUUUUCGACCUAUGAUCUGCCUGCUGCCCUUGGGAAACAAACACACGGCUGGCUCUUGAUUCGGUUCCAGUUCUUGCAACGAUCCUCUGCCAUACCCUUCCGGUUUCCCGACGGAGCAGGUUUUUGUACUAGUUUUCUUUACUUUGUUUGUGUUCCCUUUCUAGAGAGUGUAGUGUGUGUAAAGGCCCUACCUCGAGUCAAAAUAACAUUCUACAUGUUUGGAAAGCCAUUAUUUUGGUAAAGUAACAAAACUUCCCUCCAACCAUUUCCAGGGAUUUUAGGCCCUAUGGAGUCGGAAGUGGAACGCAGAAUCGAUUCGGUUCUUUCUCCAUCACUUACAAGCAUGGAAUCUCAUUCUUUUCCAGAAAAAUAAUAACGUACACAUCUUCAUAUUGCCGUUCUUUCUUUAUUUCUCCUUGCUAUCUAAGAACUUCCUUCCCUCGAUUGCCGGGCGGGCGGCGGUUUAAUCGUGUUGUUUACAUUACUGUGCAUGCAUUUGGGUUCUCGUCGCUGAACAUGGACGAGACGUUUCCAUUCCCGCGAUGAUUAUAGUCAUGGUACUCCUCGUUGUAGUAGUCCAUCCUGCCGUAGUCUGCGUACCUAGAUGGUUGCGGCUGCGGUGGAGGCAUGUACCUUGAUUGUGGUGGUGGUGAUGGUGGUGCUGGUUGCGUCGAUCGGACGUAUUCGUACUCCGUCACGUACGGUGUCGGCCUGUACGUGCUGUAGUUGUGGUGAGCAACGUACACCGGUGGAGGCGGAGGCUGAUGAGGAGGUGGUGGCCUGGUGACGACGGGUGGAUACCCCGGACCGUCGGGGUAUCUGUCCCAGUGAUGAUAACCGGAAGUAGAACCAGAACUAGAAGGUGAUCCGCCACCACCGUAGCCAUUGUACCUGUAGCCGUAGUCCGGCGGUGGUGGUGGGUAGCGGUGGUAGUCCGACGGUGGGUGGUGGUAAAUGACGUGAACCUCCCCGACGUCUUUCUGCCCACCCGCCGGCUGUGGUGGCUGCUGGCUUGAUGAGUUUGGCUCUGGCUCUGGCUCUGGCUCUGGUGGUGGUGGUGGUGAUUGUUUCUCCUCCGGUUGUUGAUUCUCUGGUGGCUGCGGUGGUGGCGAUGGUUCCUUCGGUGGCUCAGUUUGUUGGGGCGGGCCUUCUGGUUCCGGUGGAGGAGGGUCUGAUUGGUUUGAUUCGUCCGGCGGCUGCGGUGAUUCGCCGCCAUCCAGUGGUUGUUCCUGUGGAUCAGAGGGUGGUUCUGAAUGGGAGCAUAUGAUGGCCGUCUUCCUCGUCUUCCUAAUGGCUUUAACGAUCUUCUGAGGAUCGGCCCACCCGACGAUGGUCAGCUUCUGCUGAGGGACGUCGAUGUAGAGCUCGUAAAUCCCAUUGACGCCAUGAAGAGCCUUCUUGAUCUUCUGAACGCAGCCAUUGCAGUCCACCCGGACCUGUAUCUCUGUAACUCUGGCCCUCUGCGGAAAGCGGAAAAAACAGAGGAGCAGAGGAAACAGGGUUAGCACCAAGCAAAAAAUGGCGGAUGUUCGUUAGGAAUAUCAAUCAGCAGAAGAAAUCAUGGCUAAUACCUCCAACUCUGGAGCCAUUUGGGCAGAGAUAGAAGAAGAGGGAAGAGAAAGGGGAGGGAUGAGAUGAGAAUCUAUGGUGUAAUUUAUGGAGGGUAGUGAGAGAUUGGGAGGGAAUAUAAGCUGGAGGGAAAAGGGUGUGGGACAUGUAAGGAAUCUCUUUUCUUUCUUCCUCUUUUUUCUCAGAGAGGGAAAGAAAGGGGAAUGGAAGAGAGUGGUUGGAAGGAAGAUGAAGGCUUGUGCCCUUUGGGAGGGUCAUUUUCAAAGGAGAGGGAAAGGCAGAGAGCCCAAGAAAGGUGGCUAAUUUGCUUUGGUUGGAAAGUUGGU